AUGACGACCACAAUUCUUUCAACUUCGGGUCCCGACUGGGAGAGUCACAGCUCAACACUGACGCUAACGGCGUGUGUGGCUAUCGUAAUCGCUUUCUGUGGCUUCAUUGGGAACCUCUUGACGAUCAUAGCUCUCACUUCAAAUCGAGGUCCGUCUUCGAAGUUGCGACGGAACGCAUCCAACCUGUUCAUAGUCUCCCUGUCGUUGGCGGAUCUGAUGUUCUCCGCGGUGAAUAUGCCCUUCGCGGCGUCACGUUUCUUCCACCGAUCCUGGGUCCAUGGUGACUUCCUGUGCCAGUUGUUCCCGUUCCUCCGUUAUAUGAACGUGGGACUGUCAUUGCUCUCGAUUACGGCCAUAACCGUGAACAGGUACAUCCUCAUUGGCCACCGGCGCUUAUAUGAGCGAAUUUAUCACCAGCAGGCGAUCUAUCUCAUGAUCGGCUUCACGUGGAUUUUCCCGAUUGUGGUUCUCAUUCCCACCUGGUUUGGACGGUGGGGCAAGUUCGGAUACGACUCCACGAUUUUGAACUGCUCGAUACUAGAGGUCAACGGGAAGUCUCCGAAGCAUUUUCUAUUCGUAUCCGCUUUCCUGGUACCUUGCUUCACGAUUAUCAUUUGCUACGCUCGGAUUUUCUGGAUUGUCCACAAGAGUAAGGUUCAGAUGAGUGCUCAUGCCCGAACAUCCGAGCAGCAGAAGGAGCGUGAGGCCAAGCGGAAAAUGGAGGAAUGGAGGGUCACUCGGAUGGUUUUGGUGAUCUUCUGCUCGUUCCUUGUCUGCUACUUGCCAAUCACUCUGGUCAAGGUCGCCGAUCGCAGGGUUCGCCACCCGGGAGUUCACCUGUUGGCCUACACUCUCGUUUACUUGAGUGCUUGCAUCAACCCGAUCAUAUACGGAAUCACAAAUCAACAAUAUAGAGACGCGUACAAGUUCACGAUCUCACGGCUGUGCUCUGGAGUGUUGCACAAGUUCUCCGGCUGCAGUCAAUGCACGACUUGUUGCAUCGAGACAACUCAGGGCGAGCAUCCGAGCGACGAAGACGAGGACGACGUCGAAUCACCAAAGCCCGGUCACACGAUCACAAGCUCUGUGUCAAUCCAGUGCCCUUCGACAGAUAAUCUCAAGGAUUUGGCAGAAGCCUCCGAAGCACCGUCGCCGCCGGUCGAAGAUGAGUCUCCGGGGCGAUUGAUUCGAGAUUCAGCGACGGCCGAAUGCUGAUAAUCCAUAAUUACGGGAGCUGGCAUGUGAACUCCAGGAGGUGUUCUUGGAAUUUCCUUCUGUCGAUAGCUCGAGUGAAGAUCAUGAACAUAACGAAAUACAACUUCUUAAGAGUUAACGAUA